CGUUAAUUGUGACAAGUUAAUUAGAGACACGAACGCCGUUAACGUGCGUGCACUAACAUCGAUCUUGGUGAUUAUGUUUUAAAAGGUUUUUUUACAUAUCAAGGAUGAUUUUCAAGACUUGUUCAACAUUAUUAUGUAUUUUUUUCACAUGCCAAAGCAUUGAUGGGUUCAAUCAUUUAUUCCUGUGUACGUUUAACCAUCAUCUGAUCAACGUAAAAUUACAAUGCAAGAGUGGGACCAAAAUAGAUAUUGUAGGUGGAUGGUUGAUUGAUUCAAAUGAAACAUAUGCAUGUACAAAAAGCAAUUCCGCGACAGAAUCAGAGAAAAGACACAGAGAUCACUUGUGGAAAGCAAUGUGGCACAAAAUUCUCUUAGGAUGUGUGGCUGAAAGUGAUUGUAACAUUCCACUUUUUCCAGAACGUUUUCCAUAUAAAAAAAAUUCCGAAGGCAUCGAAAUUGAAUACAAUUGCCUCUCAGAUGGUGCGUUCUUGCAAUUUUGCCAUCAACGAUCUGAUCCGGAACCAUUUAAUGGACAUCCAAAUGGUAUUAACCUAUUCUACAAAGGCGAUGAAAGCACUUCAAAGCUGUGUUCAUGUGAUGUUGAAACAAAUGUACAAAUAGGGACAUUACUGACAAUAUUCCCAACAAAAAGUAUGGAUCUCACAGUUAAAAGUGGAGGUAAAGAAACACUUUACAAUAACGAAGUGUUAAUCAAAAAGUCAAUUCAAAAUGGCAACAAUACAGGGAAACAGAAACAGACGUUUGUUGUGGAUUAUGCCACAGAACCUGAUGACGCUGUUCCAUUUCUCCUUCUUCGUUUCUCAAUUCCUGCCAAACAUGGCAAUAUAUCUAUACGUUGUCGACAAGAAAACAACAUUACAGAACAGUUGCUUUCAUCGCCUCCUCCAACGGAUAAAACGCCAACACACAAUUACCAAAUACCAGCAACAACAAAUAUAAUAGGAUAUGCAAUUACAGCAACAGUAACAGCAAUGUCCACCAUUUUGAUUAUUGUUAUUAUUGUUGUCCUUUGGAAGAAGAAACAAGGUAAGAAAUAUAAGAUAUACGUUUCUGAUAUCGUUUUUACCCCUUAAUGAAGUAGUGACUGCAAUUAAUUUAGCAAGUGCUUCGUAUUGUUCAACAAUAUUGAACUGGCACUUCAUUACCUUUCGUAAAGGUCAUUUGAAUAAACACUGACCAGUAUCUAACGAAUACAUCGAUUCGGAUAUAUUUGCUAAUUUCACUCGUCAUUCAGUGAGGUGUGGUGUACUGGUAUAGUGUCGGACUAACGAUCUACAGGUCUCUGGUUCGAUUCCU